UACUCUCUUUCUCCCACUCUGUAUUUGAUUAGCUGAUUGCCUUUCCUACCGAAUCAGCUGUUUUCAGCUGUUGUGAGUAGCAGAUUGUUUCAAACAUAAAUUGCCGGUUUUGUUUGAAUAUUUGGCAAUCAUGUGAAUAGAAAUUUGUUAACAAUGCCACAUAAAUGUUGUGUUCCUAGUUGUAAAUUGCAGAGUGAUGAUCCAGAAGGAUUCCAAGUUAGUUUUCAUAAAUUACCAAAGGAUCCGGAUAUUCAAAGAAAAUGGUUAGAAAGUAUAAAUAAUUCUGAGAAUGUAAAAUUAGAACCAAAGAAAUUUAUGUAUGUUUGCGGUUUGCACUUCAAGCGAGAAGCUUUCUAUUACAGUGGUUUAUGCAAACUGAAGAGAAUUAAGAAAAAUCAUUAUCCAACUAUAUUUUUUGACACAGUGAAGAAUCAUGAAAGGCAUUUGUUUAGAAAUCUACCAAACCAUCAAGACUGUUAUAUGGAACAGGAAAAUGAUAUAUCUGGCAGCUCAAUGGAUCAGGAUGAUAAUUUAGAAAUCUUAUAUAAUUCAUCAUGUCAUGUAACCUCAUCUGCAUCCAAUCCAGUCAGUCCAAAUAAUGAUGACGAGCAACGAAAACCAAAAAAUGCCGUAGAUGAUGAAAGUGGCGAUGAAUGUCCACAGGGUAUGAAUUAUAUGAAUUCUAGUAUCAAUGAAAAUAGGAGUGAACAAACUGAGCCCCUGUCAAAAUGUUCAAAAUGCACACAAUAUGAAUAUGACUCGUUCCUCGUUGGAAUAAAUGAUGCGACUCUCAUCGCAAAUACUGUACUGAAGAAGUCAGUAGCCAACAUCGACCUCGGCGCAAUCAAUACUUCAAAUAAUUAUCUUCUGCAACAACUGGUGUUAAAAGCUCAAUCAGAGAUAAGACAAUUACGCAAGAAGAAUAGGAAUCUGAGAUUGAAAAAUGCUCGUUAUGCUAGGAGUAAAAAAAAAUUUCAAGAAUUUGCUCAAAAGUAUGACUAACA